AUGACCCCGCCGGCAAUUAUUGCGCCUUCAAUUCUAUCUGCUGACUUUGCUCAGCUGGGUGAGGAAUGCGCUCGUACUAUGGACCAAGGUGCCGACUGGCUCCACGUCGAUAUCAUGGAUGGCCACUUUGUUCCGAACAUAACAUUUGGAGCUGCCGUCGUUGCCAAGAUCAGAGGACAUGUUGACAAGCCCACCGAGUGUCAGGGCAGAGGUACCUUUGACUGCCACAUGAUGAUUGCAGAGCCCAAGAAAUGGGUCAAGGAGUUUAAAAAGGCCGGCUGUGACCUGUAUUGCUUCCACUAUGAAGCGGCGUUUUCGACUGCUGCCGAGAGUCCCGAGCAAACGUCGGACAAGAAGACCAGCCCCAAAGAGCUCAUUCGGUAUAUUCACGAUAAUGGAAUGCUUGCGGGCAUUGCCAUCAAGCCCGACACGUCUGUUGAUGUGCUGUGGGAUAUCUUGGAGACUGCUGAUGCCAAGGAAAUGCCCGACGUAAGCUGUAACCCAACGACCAUGAGAGUGCACAUUUCACCCGGCGAGCUUGUUAUUUUUUUGCUGACUAGACAGAUGGUUCUUGUCAUGACGGUUUACCCUGGAUUCGGCGGCCAGAAGUUUAUGGCGAGUGAGCUCCCCAAGGUGCAGGCCUUGCGGGCCAAGUACCCCGAGUUGAACAUCGAGGUUGACGGUGGCCUGGGGCCUGGAACUAUUGACCAGGCCGCCGAUGCUGGGGCCAAUGUCAUUGUUGCUGGCAGUGCCGUGUUUGGCGCAAAGGACCCGUCCGAGGUUAUUUCUGUACUGCGAAAAUCGGUAGAUUCGAGGGCUGGUAGAUUAUGA